UAGGCAUCGAUCAAAAUCCCCAAAUUUUCUCGCUGAGGAGUUCCGAUAUCUCACCGAGCUAAUCAAAUCGACGAUGUCUGGACGCGGGAAGGGAGGCAAAGGGCUCGGAAAGGGAGGAGCCAAGCGUCAUCGCAAGGUCCUUCGAGAUAACAUCCAAGGAAUCACGAAGCCAGCGAUUCGCCGUCUCGCCCGCCGAGGUGGUGUGAAGCGAAUCAGUGGUCUGAUCUACGAGGAGACGCGCGGUGUGCUCAAGAUAUUUCUUGAGAAUGUCAUCCGUGAUGCGGUGACAUACACGGAGCAUGCGAGGAGGAAGACCGUAACGGCCAUGGACGUCGUUUACGCUCUGAAACGUCAGGGACGCACUCUCUACGGCUUCGGCGGCUAAAUUUGUGAGGUGAUUCAAAGUCUUGCUGUCAAGAAGAGUGAUGGGCGAUGUGUUUAGGGUUUUAUCUUCGUUUCUCUUGCAUUCCUUGAUCUUGGAAUCUAGGGUACUGUUAUAGUUGCGUGUUAGUGUGUACAAAUCCGUGGUUGUAUACUUGGAUCUAUGAAUGCUAUGCGGAGUUCUGGUUUGACGAAUUGGGUGGUGUGGUUGUAGUUUGUCUUUUGGGUUGAAUUAAAUUUCAAGAAUUUUAGGUUUUUUUAA